AAGCUUGAUUAGUCAGGUCUGUACAGGUAGGUUACUACAGAACAGGAGGUGAGCUCACAGUUCUUGGGAGUAAAAGAAAAUGUAAAAAAAAUGUGUUGCGAGUAAACAGAAACCUCGCGCUUCCUGGAAUAUUCCACUUGUAUUGAUUUAACGAAUUAUAAUAUUUUGUAAUGCGGUGUUGUUGAUUAUUGACGAUACGUGUUCUGAGUGUUUUUAAAAGGAAAUAUAACAUCAAACACAGCUGUUAUCGGCGAACGUUCAAGGUGAAUGGCGAUGCUUUUGCAUUUAUUCAUACUGUAUCAACUGCUUCCCUGUGGAAACUUUGCUUGUAUGAGAAAGUUAUUACACACCACAGGGACAGAGGACCAGUCAAAAGAAGUUUUCGUGCAAGAGGAGCAGGCAAAUGCAUUCUUAGGACGCCAUCUAUUGGCCAACCGAUUUGACUUUGAGCUCUUCACUCCUGGGAAUUUGGAGAGGGAGUGCUUUGAAGAAGUCUGCAGCUACGAGGAAGCACGAGAGGUCUUUGAAAAUGUCCCUCAGACUGAUGACUUCUGGAAAAAGUACACCGAGGAUGAGGAUACGCGGCCAUCGCGGCUGGAUGUGACUGCCCUGCUUGUGGGUCUGAUCGCGGCAGGGGUGGCCAUCGUCAUCUUCGGCCUGUUGGUCUGGUACUUCUGCAAGGGGAGUUGUAAGGAUAACCUCUCACGUGCAGGCUCUGUUAGGGUGCGUCCAAGGCGCAGUAAUGCCUCGCUGAUCAUGCGGAGACUGGAUGAGGUCUCUCUGCAGCCUGUGUUCCUGCCCCCGCCAGAGGAGAUUGACCCCCCAGGCCUGCCCUCCUAUGAGGACGCCAUCGGCAAAUCCGGAACGCACGACGCCCCACCUCCUCCUUACCCUGGGUCUCAACCUGGAAGUAUUCGACGAUAGCACCUUUGACCUCGCUGAAUGAAUGUCUCCAUAUUGAGCAUCAUCAAAUGCUACAAAAGAGGUUUAGAUCUAUUUACUUUACAUGGUUGUUCUCUUACCGUGCAUGUUCAAGAUGUGAUUUUAUUGGAUUGUAAUACCUUGUGAUAAUUGUAGAUCUGUGUGACUGAUUACCUCUUUACCUCUUCCAUUACCUGCAAUUCGAGAUGUUUAGCAUAUUUAUCUAUUUGUACAAAUGUUUAGCAAUUCUUCUGCAUGUGCCAAAAUUGAUUUAUUCCUCAUCACUUUAUUCCUCACUUUUGAGUUGGACCUGCUUUAACCCAUAACAACUAGUGAGGUAAUAAUUGACAUGAUAUAUCUUAGUGUAACUGUAACCUGUCAACUGCUCUGCUUUUAUGAAUGGAAAAUGAAGCAUGAGAAACCGUAUUGAGUAUACUGCUGAGGGGAGGACGGAUCAUAAUAAUAGCUGGAACGGCCUGAAUGGAAUGGCAUCAAGCACAUGGAACCAUGUUUAAUAUCAUUCCACUGAUUCACUCCAGCCAUUACCACGGGCCCUUCCGCCCCAGUUAAGGUGCCACCAGCCUGUGGUAUACACACAAGUCUGCCUACUACUGUAACCUGUUGGUUAAUAACACAAUAUGAGCAUAGUGUUAGGACAGACUUGUGUCCCCCCCUGUUAUUGUAAUGGUGAGAGAUUAGCAUGUCUUGGGGGUAUGAUAUUUGUGCAUCUGUUUGUCUCAAUACUUUUGGUCCCCUAAAAUAGGGGGGGGGGGCGGCAUGUAAAAAGUUGCUGUAAUUUCGAAACGGUUGGGCCAAUAUAGAUGAAAAUACCCUCAAAUUAAAGCUGCCAGUCGGCACUUUAACCUCCUAGUCGUAUCACUUCAAAACCAAAGUAUAUAGACAGAAUGUGUCACUGUUCCAAUACUUUCAGCGCUCGCUGUACGUGUUGUAACUGCUCAAGUAGACUGUGAGUUUGAUGACAUCACACUCAGUGCUUGACUUGGACUGAAAUACUGUACAUGCCGGUACUCAUUUACCUGUACUGUUGUUUAAAUUUUUUAUAUAUAUAUAUAUAUAUAUGUAUGUCUGUGCAGGAGCUCUGCAAUACUUUUGAGCUAAUAUUCUAUAAGCGGUGCAGUAGAACAUUGUUGGUGCCAGUACUCAGUUCCGGUGAGCUCCUGCCCACGUCAAGCACGGAUCACAUGCUAUGCUAUUAUGAGUGUCACAGGAAGUCUUUGCUCUUUUCUGAAGCUAUUCAUUAAUGAAGAAGAAACCUAUCCAUGAUAUUUAAUGAAGUGCCUGUUAAAUUGUCAUAACAGGGUGCACUUUCUUUUAGGGUUUUACAACCACAGGUUGGGAUAAUUCUGUGUUUAUUUCUGGACACUGUUGAGGAGUGGGCUGGUUCUUUACCCAUUCAUUUGUAAAAUAGGAUACUGAAUUAAUACUGCUCACAUCUGAGCAUGACUUCUGGAAGGAUGAGGAGGUAUAGUGACACAUACAUCUAGGAAUGAUGUCAAUGGUGAGGUUGACAUCAUGGGACAAUGUGCUGUAUGUGUGCUGAUGAUGCUGGUUUGACUGAUUGUGUACUUUAAGUCUAUGAAACAUGUUAACUGUCAGAGGAUCAUUUCAUAAAUUGACAUUUGAAUGAUUGUCUUGUCUCUCUGAAGAAUGUUUGAAUGGUGAAGUGUUAAUGUUUACAGCAAAACCAAAAGCGGUCAUUAUUUUGAUCAUUAAAUUGUCUGCAAAUAUGA